UACAGAAGUGACGCAUGACAGCGAGUCUGUGAACUAUAAAAUCCAUUUUGAAAGUUUCUCGCCACGCAACCCGGCCGCGUUGAAUGAGAGUUACUGUUGCCGCUGCAGCGCUUUAUUCGCGUAUCGUCUCAGUAGAGCGUCAGUGUUAGCGGCUUCAGCAGCUUCACGGUGAUUGCAGUUCAUCAGGAUGGUUGUGCUGAAGAGUUUGCAUCCCCCCAGCGAGGGCGUGAGGCUCCAGCAGGCCGACACCACUGCAGUUCUGGACGGGAAGAGGCUGGGAUCAGGGACGCUGUUUGUAGAAGACACGCAUCUGUCAUGGUUUGAUGGUUCAGGGAUGGGUUUCUGUCUUGAAUACCCCUCCAUCAGUCUGCACGCAAUCUCACGAGAUCUCAGCGCCUUUCCAGAAGAGCACCUGUAUGUGAUGGUCAAUGCAAAACUGGACGAUGAAGCUGAAGCAGAGCAGCAGGAUAUAGCUUCGGAUGAUGAGGAGAGCGACAGCGACAGUGAAGACUCGGGAACCCUCACAGAGAUCCGCUUCGUGCCCAGUGAUAAAGCUGCAUUGGAGCCCAUGUUCUCUGCCAUGUGCGACUGUCAGGCCCUGCACCCCGACCCCGAGGACGCGGACACAGAUGACGACGAUUACGAGGGAGAGGAGUAUGACGUCGAGGAGGCUGGUGAGUGUGAUUUGGAUCCAUAAUGCAUCUAGUGCAGG